GCUCCCGUGCGCAUCAUUUUUGGACCGUACCAUCUCACUGGCGGCAGGGGGGUCUUAUUUUACCGAGAGUUAUAUAUUUUAAACAUUAAUCCGAUAUAUAUUCAUGGACUCGCUUCAUAUGGACAUAGAUAAUGUACAUUAUAAGCUAAUUUACACCCUUAAUUUGUCCUGUUUGUGUGUAUUGAUGCAAUGCUAUGCGGCUGUGCUGUGUGUCUCCAGUGCGCAUGUCCUUAUAUUGGUAGACUCCUCCCGUCUCGGUCUUUUCUCUCUAAGACCCGCAGCCAUGAGCAUGCUCAGGCUUCAGAAGCGCUUGGCGUCCAGCGUCUUGCGCUGUGGCAAAAAGAAGGUCUGGCUGGACCCCAAUGAAACCAAUGAAAUUGCCAAUGCCAACUCCCGCCAGCAGAUCCGCAAACUGGUGAAGGAUGGUCUGAUCAUCAAAAAGCCCGUCACGGUGCACUCCCGUGCCCGCUGCCGCAAAAACAUGUUGGCGCGCCGCAAGGGUCGCCACAUGGGCACUGGUAAGAGGAAGGGUACAGCAAACUCCCGUAUGCCUGUAAAGCUUUGCUGGAUGCGCAGAAUGCGUAUUCUGCGUCGCCUGCUCCGCCGCUACAGGGAGGCCAAGAAGAUCGACAGGCACAUGUACCACAGCCUGUACCUCAGGGCCAAGGGUAACAUGUUCAAGAACAAGCGCAUCCUGAUUGAGCACAUCCACAAGCUGAAGGCAGACAGGGCUCGCAAGAAGCUGCUUUCUGACCAGGCUGAAGCUCGCCGUAGCAAGACCCGCGAGGCCCGCAAGCGUCGCGAAGAGCGUCUGCAGGCCAAGAAGGAAGAAAUCAGCAAAACUCUGUCAAAGGAGGACGAGACCAAGAAAUAAGCCUUUCAUCUGCCCCCUUUCAGUUAUAAUAAAAUGGACAAAAGGCAA